CGAUAACGCGGACGUAAUUUUUAACGGGACUUGUGUAAUUAGUUUGGAAAUUUCCGCGUUUACGCAUGAACUAGGAAAAUACUUUGGUGAUAUAAAAAUGGCCGAUUCCCUAGCGGGGAAGUUAGUAUCCAUCGAACGUCAACAGAUCAACUUGUGUGAGAGGUUCUGAUAAUUUAAAUUCGAAUAGAAUUUAUACGCAGUAUACGUGCUUUAAAUAUUUGUACAUUUUCUAAUAAAACUUUUAUGUAGUGUUAUCUUGACAUUAUCCAGCGUGUGAUACUUAUAAAAGAUUCUUGUAAAUAUAAAAUUGUAUAUAUGUAAAUAUCGAAGUAAGCUAAAAUUGUGAAUACCCAUCCGUCUGUUUACAUAUAAAUCGGCUGACAAGAUAAACGUCUGCUUUUAAAUGAAAACAGUUUAAAUUAAAUUCUAUUUUUUAUUAAAAUGUAUUCGAACGUAUUAAAUUUGUAUAAUACCCGAGUGUCCUAUAACUCGCGAUCAAUUUGAAGAACAACUGAUCAAAUGGAAAUAUCACAGAAUCCUCAAAUUUCUACCGAUCCAGAAACAAAAGGAUUCGAUUUAUCUGCUGGGAAAACAUGGAUUUAUCCAGAAAAUUAUCCCAUCAGGGAUUAUCAGUUCAGUAUAGUUCAAGCUUCUUUGUACAUGAACACCUUAGUUUGUUUACCCACUGGAUUGGGAAAGACAUUCAUUGCCGCAGUUGUAAUGUAUAAUUUUUGGAGAUGGUAUCCGUGCGGGAAAGUUGUGUUUUUGGCACCCACUAAACCUUUAGUUGCUCAACAGAUUUUUGCUUGUCACAAUAUAAUGGGUAUACCUAGUGCAGAAACUAUAGAACUUACAGGAGCUAUCCAUCAAAAGCAACGUGAAGUAGCUUGGUCGAAAAAGAGGGUAGUGUUUGCUACUCCUCAAGUUUUUCACAAUGAUCUUGAGAAAAACAUCAUACCUGCUGAUUUAGUAAAGUGUGUAGUAGUAGAUGAAGCUCAUAAAGCUUUAGGAAAGCAUUCCUAUUGUGAGUGCAUUCGAAUAUUAAGUGAAAAGAAUCAAUAUUUCAGAGUACUAGGCCUUUCUGCUACACCAGGAAAUAAAAUUGAUAAUGUUCAUGAGGUUUUGCAAAAUUUACACAUUGCUCAUAUGGAGUUAAGAGAUGAAACUUCCCCUGAUAUUGUACCAUACAUCAAUCAAAGAAAAGUCGAUAUAAUUUUGGUACCACUUAACAAAGAACUAGCCGAAUACAAAGAGAGAUAUAUCUACAUUAUGGAUCGUCAUGUUAAAGUACUAAUUCAGAAUAACGUUCUUCGCGGACAAACGGCAAAUAUAUCGAAAGGAAGGAUAUUUCAUUUACUAAAAGACUUCCAAAAAAAAAAAAAUACAUCAGGAAAUGCUGGCACUGUCAUGAAAACGUUGAACAUUUUAAUAACGAUGUAUCACGCUUACGAGCUUAUGGUUAGAGAUGGUCUUCGAGCGUUUCAUAAAUUCUAUCAAACUCAUUCUGAUAAGUUUUGGAUCAAUGACGAAACACAACUGUUAGAAUUACUGGAAGAUAUCCAAAUGUAUCUCGGUCCGUUUCCAGACAUAAAGUCUUUAGGCGAUCAGUUUAAAGCGGAUAUUCCGCAAGAUCUUGUAUUCGGGCACACGAAAUUUGAAAAAUUGAAAGAACUACUUUUACGUCACUUUAAAAACCAUCAAGAUAAAGAGAACGAAACAAGAGCCAUUGUUUUCGUCGAGUACAGGGACAUUGUAAGCGAGGUUUACGUUUUACUUUUGCAAUGCCAACCGUUGAUAAGACCGCAGAUGUUCGUCGGCCAAGCUAGACAGAAACAAAAGCAGCAAAUAAAAGCUUUAAACGAUUUUAGAAGUAAUGUUGUUAACGUUCUUAUAUCCACGAGUAUAGGAGAGGAAGGAUUGGAUGUCGGAGAAGUAGACUUGAUAAUAUGUUUCGACAUAUCUCAACAUUCUCCUACGCGACUUGUACAAAGAAUGGGAAGAACAGGUCGGAGACGUGACGGACAUAUUAUUAUUCUUGUUACAGAUGGAAGAGAGCACGAGACGUUAAAAUCCACAAUAGCUAGAAGAGAUUCUCUGAACAAUGCGUUGAUUAAUAAGAGUAAAAUUUGUUCUUCCCUUUAUGAAAAUAACUCGCGUAUGAUUCCUAAUGAAUUUACUCCGGUGUGUUUGAAAAUGUAUAUCAGCGUACAACCAAAAACACCGGUUACGAAGGGCAGGCAGAAAAAGGAGACAUUGAAUAAAAAGACUGAUAUGCGUAAAAAUACAUUGAAGAAGGUUGCUGGCAUAGAGUCAAAAGUGCCAGCACAGAAGGAUGGAACUCAAUUUUCAAUCAUGAAAUUCGUUAGAAAUGAAAAGCAAGAGUUUGCCGUUUCCGGUAUAUCGAAUCCUGACAAAACUCAAAGUAAUAAUGUGCAUCGAGUAAUAAAGCCAUCCGACGUACAGAUUCUAUCAUCCGACAGCAACGCAAUCGAUUUUCUCACGGCGUGCGCUUUAAAGAACUCUGAGAGGGAAGCGAACGUAAAGGAACGUAGCGUUAAUAAAUUUUAUUUGCCUCAAUGUUCUCCGAUCAAAAACUUUUUUAAUUUUUCUAUACCCGAUGUUAAAAUCCUUGAUUGUUUGAUCACGUUGAGCGAUAUUCCAGCAAAACGUUCUAACGAAAAAAUCGAUUUGAACGACAACAAUCAUAGCGCGAAUGAUAACGAUGGGAACAAUUCAUGCAUCAAUAAUGAUGGAUGUGUAAUAAUUGACACGUUCCAGGAAAACGAUCACACGAAUGCCGCGGAGAAAUCAAAAUUUGAGUAUUUGCUCGACGAAUCUAGCAAAUCGAAUGACAGCGACACGGCGGAUGAUAUUAAAGAAGUGGUGAUCGAAAAUAGUAAGACUUCCUCGCAGUAUUCGCGCGCCAAUGUUUCAAAAGAAACAAUGGAAAAUACAAACGUCGCGCAAGAUUUGGAUUCUAGUAGAUUCGAGGAUCUUUUGAACGAAACAUCCGAUGAGCUUGAGAGUGAUGCUUGUGUCGAAAAUACCAAACAAAUACCAAUUGAAAAUAUCGGUUCUCGCAACGAUACAAAUAUUGAAACGUUUACUAACGCUCCAAACGUAGACGAUAAUAUAGAGAUGUACAGUAUGUGUUUGCAGGAGGCUGAUUUUGCUCUACCUGAUACCAUCGAAGACUACAAGGAGAAAAAUAAAAGCGACAUUAUGUCCAACACUUGCAAGACCAAGGAUCAGAGUUUACUUAGUAUCACUCAAGCGAUUAUCGAGAUAGGACGCAUAAAAUCAAAUUUGAAUGCUACAAACACGGUCGAUGAAUCUGAAGACGAUAUGUUCGAAGACGAAAACUUUUUUACGGAGAUCGAUGACGCGACGAAUCUUGAUCAAAGUGUUGAAUGUUUGAUCGAAAGUAAGGUGUCCAACGAUAAGGAGCAUACGGAUACGUCGGUGGAAUUUAACGAUAAAAAGAGCACGAAUGGCGCGGAAUUUAAGUUCGAGGAUAUUCUUCAAGACGAAAACUUUUCUACGCAGAUCGAUGACGCGACGAAUCUUGAUCAAAGUGUUGAAUGUUUGAUCGAAAAUAAGGUGUCCAACGAUAAGAAGGUUAUGAAUGCAUCGCCUGAAUCAAACGAUAAAAAGAGUGCGAUCGGUGCGGAAAUUAAGAUCGAUGACUACGAAUGGGACGACGAUUUCGAAGUGGUUAUCGAUCCUGAUGAAAAUCACGAUAAGUUUGAUCCGUCCAGAAAAAAGUGCAACGAAUUUAAAAAAAGCAGUAACGAAGUUCAGGAGCGAUUUUCGGAUAGCGACGAGUGGUUCUCGGUUGAAAAAUCGUACAGCGUUGCAAAGAAAAAUGCACCGAGAACGAGUAUAGCGAAGAAGUUGGCGAACAUGAAAAAAUGUCGGAAUUCGAAACGCGACUGUUCUAAACAAUUAAUCGAAGAUGAAAUUAUAUUCGAGAAUGAUCCGUUUGUUAGUAAAAAAGAGGAGAGCGACGAAUUGGGGACCAGUCGCCUCGUCGACGAUCGAGAAGAUCGCGUCAACGUGAAAGAAGAUCUACGAACGAAAUUGGAACGCUUUAAGGUGCCGUGUAGUGUAAAAAAUCGUAAUCGUACUCGCAGGCCGAGGAAAGUAAGAAACGUAUUCAUAGACGACGAGGCAAAAGUGUCGUCGAACGACGAAUACUCGUCGGACGAAAGUUCUGGGCAAGAUGAGGAUUUGGAUAAUUUUGUCAGCUACACGCAGAACGUGCACGAUACCUCCGACAUGCACGCGUUAUAUUUACAAACCGUUAGAAGCCCGGUCAAAAAAUGCAACGGUUUCGUUUUCAAACCAGCAGUUACUUUGGAUCCAGAAAUAGACAUUUAUUCGCAGCCCCUCACACAAGGAAACGAUACCUAUCUCGAUGAUUCUUUCUGCGUGGCGGGAGGGGACGAGGACGAAAGGGAAUCUUCUUCAGCGGCGGAAUUAACCGUAUUAGAAAAGGCUGAGUUGGAGCUGAAAAAUCGAAAAAGGAAACGCGUUCGUGGCGAGGAAUUUGAGAACAACGCGGAAAAAAGAUUGAAAAAGAAUAAGAGAAAAAUUAUAAUUGUGUACAGUGCAAGCAGCGAGGACGAAAUCGAAAUAUUACGCGAGCAACUUAAAAACGAAUCGUUGUUGCUGGCACAAUCAAGUAGGAAAAAUGUAUAGCUUUGGAAAUAUUCUUUGAAUCGUAUUGUAUUUUGUUGAAUUUAUAUUGUUUUAUUUUUAUAUUGCUGCGCAAUUGACGAUAGUUGUUUCAUAACAUGUUAGAAAUAAUUGACUGAUUAUAGCGAUGACUACGCGUAGCGAAGUACGAUUUCCCUGAUUGAAGCAUGUCCGGCAUAAUUCGUUGAAAAAUUUAUUUAGGUUUUUAAAAUACGUACGCAAUAUUCUACAGGCUUAGAAUAGAAAUACGAUUAUAUUAAUAACUGAUAAUGAACUGGCAUCUUCAAGUACAUUGUUUAUGAAAUAUCGCAGAAAUCAGUUAAUUAUUUUUGGCAUGUUACAAAUGAAUUUUCAUACGCCUUGUCCUCGGUACACGACAAGGGAACAAAACUACCUAAGUUGUAAGAAACGUUCCUUUUCACGAAAAUUCUAUUCAAAGCAGAAAUGGUCGUCGAGAAAACUUAGCGAGAAAAUUUCUUCUACCUGUCCAAGCAUUCGUGAGUUAUUCUUGGGAGAAGCAUUUGCAAAUUCUUUGCGAAGGAGAAUGAGGUUUAGGUACUGUAACUCGAAGAAUACAGUGCUUAUAUUUCACGGUCCCUUCAGGUAUACAGUUGAAACUUAAA